AGACUCAAUGAAUGAAUCCCUACUUCUAAUUUCAAUUUCCUAAGACUCUCUUUUUCUCUCUCUCUCUCUCUCUCUCUCUCUGUGACGUGUAGAGAUAUAGAGAUAUAUAUGCACAUGUUGAAGGUCGAGAAGAAGAAGAAGAAGGAGGUAGUCGAAGAAGUUGUUAGUGUUCACGGGAUUUUGAAUUGGUGCUUGUUUGUACUAGUACUACUAGUCUAGUCUUUGCUUGGUUUCGAGUAACAAAUGUGUGGUUGUGAGUGAAGCUCGUGUCGCAUUGAAUGGUUGUCGAUUCGAUUCUUGCUGAUUGCACUCCUCCUCUCCUCUUCCUCCUCCUCCUUCUCCUGAGGUCUAUAAAUUUUGACAAGUUUUAAUAGCAAACCAAGCAUUGACUUGGGUUGGGGGAUUCCAGUAGGAUUCGAUUUACACUUCAUCAUCAUCGUCAUCGUCAUCGUCAUCGUCAUCAUCAUCAUCAAUCAACUUCUCUCUCUCUCUCUCUGUGCUUCUGUUUUCCGAUUAUUUCCAUGGGGAUGCUGACUUGACUGGUAUCCAAUUUUAAGCUCUACUUGCACUUAAACUGCUGCAAUAAUCAUGAGAGUCAUUCCGGCUUAGCGUGUAGUUUUUUUUUUUUUUUUUUUUUUUUUUUGUUCGUUAUUCUUCACAAAUUUGUAGGAACAGAAAAAAGUAUAAUCCAAUUUGGCCCUCUAGUUAGUUUCUGUUCAAAUUUAUAUAUUUUAUUUUAAAAAAUGGUUGUGUCCCGAAUCUCUGUUAGUAAUGAAUAUGAAUAUGAAUAUGAAUAUGAAUAUGAAUAUGCAGUUUAGGGUUUACAGUAGUAAAUUAACUAACCAAUGAACAUUUUAUAAUGAUGAAUGGGAUGAAGUGGCAUCUUUGUCUAUGGGUAGCCCCGAUAAUUACAAUUAUAUGCUGUCUGAGAUAGUUGACAUUGUCAAAUCAUGGAUCCCAAGGAUGAUGGAACCAGCAAAUAUGUCUAGGGAUUUUUGGAUGCCCGAUCACAGCUGUAGGGUAUGCUACGACUGUGACUCCCACUUUGCCCUAUUUAACCGCAGACACCACUGCCGCCUCUGUGGACGUGUUUUCUGUGCCAAGUGCACAGCUAAUUCAGUUCCUGCUCCUCCUGAUGACCACAAGAUCCCCCGCUGCGAAGAUUGGGAGAGGAUUAGGGUCUGUAAUUAUUGCCUUAAGCAAUGGGAACAGGGCACAGCUGUGGUUGACAGUGGGAAAAUUGCAUUAAGCCCAGGCCUCAGUCCGUCCCCAUCGACCACAAGUUUGAUUAGCAGCCACACUAACUGCAGCGGCAACAGCAACAGCAACAGCAGUGUUGCUUCAACACAGUACUCAACUGGUCCAUACCAUCGGGUACCAUAUAGUACUGGCCAGAGUCCUCGAAAAUCUCUUCAAAUGGAUCCUUUUAGAGUUGAGCAAGAUCAGCUAACAUAUCAGAGGAGCUCAAAUUCCAUUGCAGAUGCUGGCGAUUCAUUUCCUAACCAAUUUGAUUUUUGCGUGAACAGAAGUGAUGAUGAGGAUGAUGGAUAUGGCAUCUAUGGAACAGAGUCUGGAACCAGUCAUUUUCCUCAAUCUGAUGACUAUUAUGGUGCUGUUAGUUAUGAUGGGAUUGACCACCUCUAUGGACUACAUGAAGUGCAUCCUGAUGCCAAGAACCAUGGCACAAAAAACAUGAGUUCCUCCUCGUUACCUAGGUGCCUUGAGACACCUGAAUUGGAAGGAAUCAAAAAGGUUGAGGAAGACGUAGCCAGUUGCAAAAAUGUUGAUGGGUGUGAAGUUUCUCCUGUAUAUAAUGUGGAUAGUAAGGAGUCUGAACCUGUGGAUUUUGAGAACAAUGGGCUACUUUGGCUCCCUCCGGAGCCUGAAGAUGACGAGGACGAGAGAGAAGCUGUUUUGUUUGAUGAGGAGGAUGAUGAUGCUACAGGAGAGUGGGGUAACCUACGCUCUUCAAGAAGCUUUGGUAACAGUCAGUUCCAUAAUAAGGAUAGGUCAAGUGAAGAACACAGGAAAGCCAUGAAGAAUGUGGUUGAUGGGCAUUUUAGAGCUUUGGUUGCUCAGCUUCUGCAAGUUGAGAAUCUACCUUUGGGUGAGGAUGAUAACAAAGUGAGUUGGUUGGAUAUAAUUACAUAUUUGUGCUGGGAAGCUGCCACACUUCUUAAGCCAGAUACAAGUAAGGGUGGAGGAAUGGACCCUGGUGGAUAUGUAAAGGUCAAAUGUAUAGCUUGUGGACGUCACACUGAUAGUACGGUGGUUAAGGGAGUUGUGUGUAGGAAAAAUGUUGCCCAUCGGCGAAUGGCAUCAACAAUAGAUAAACCACGAUUCCUAAUCCUUGGAGGGGCUUUGGAAUAUCAACGGGUUUCUAACCACUUGUCAAGUUUUGAUACUUUGUUGCAGCAGGAAAUGGACCAUUUGAAGAUGGCUGUUGCAAAAAUUGAUGCUCAUCAUCCUAAUGUUCUUUUGGUAGAGAUAUCAGCAUCCCGAUUCGCACAAGAAUACCUGCUUGCAAAAAAUAUAUCACUUGUUCUGAAUAUCAAGAGGCCACUUCUAGAGCGUGUAGCUCACUGUACAGGUGCUCAAAUAGCCCCUUCAAUCGAUCGUCUUACAUCACAGAAAAUAGGAUAUUGUGACUCAUUCCACGUGGACAAGUUUUUUGAAGAGCAUGGCAGUGCGGAACAAAGUGGGAAGAAAUUGACGAAGACAUUGAUGUUUUUUGAGGGUUGCUCGAAGCCAUUGGGUUGUACUAUUUUGCUCAAGGGUGCCAGUGGGGAUGAGUUGAAGAGAGUGAAGCAUGUUGUCCAAUAUGGAGUCUUUGCCGCUUAUCACUUGGCUCUAGAGACAUCUUUUCUUGCUGAUGAAGGCGCUUCUCUGCCAGAACUUCCUUUAAAGUCUCCAAUAACCGUUGCAUUACCUAAUAAAUCCCCAAGUAUCGGCCGGUCCAUAUCUACCAUACCUGGUUUUAUUGCUCCUGAGACUCAAAAGCCUCAGCCUCAGGGUGCUUAUCCCCUUGAUGAAUCACAGAGAUCUAAAAAUAACUUGUCAGAUUUUGCCUCAUCAGCUAUCAUUUCCCCCAAAUGGAAAUCAGAAGUGGCACAGUCAACAUGGUUGACUAAGGAUCCUAUCUCUCAAACUUUGCACUCAGAACCUCCCAGAACUGCUGUGGAAUCUACAGCUUCUCUCGACUCCAUGUCUGCUCCGGGGCAUCUUUUCAGAUGCUUACCCAAUAUUUUCUCCCCUUGUCAUGUCUUUGAGGAGAACAAUAAUGUGGGUCUCAAGGAAACAUUAAUGGUCAACAUUGGCCAAGUGCUGGGAGAUGAUAAUUUAAUUAGGUGGAGAGUAGGUGGAUUUUAACAUUUAACUUCUAAUCAUUUUCGCACUUCAGAGUUGGCAUCCUUAGCACAAGAAAGCAACAGUAACCAUGGGGAGGUGGGGUCUCUGAGAGAAGAGUUUUCUCCCUCACCCUCUGACCAUCAAAGCAUUUUGGUGUCCUUAACAACACGCUGUGUGUGGAAGGGAACUGUAUGUGAACGUGCUCACCUCUUGCGCAUUAAAUACUAUGGAACCUUUGAUAAGCCUUUGGGGCGGUUUUUACGCGACCAUUUGUUUGAUCAGAGCUACCGGUGCCCAUCAUGUGAGAUGCCAUCAGAAGCACAUGUUCAUUGCUAUACUCAUCGGCAAGGUAGUCUUACAAUUUCUGUUAAGAAGCACCCCGAGUUCCUUCUCCCAGGGGAACAAGAAGGAAAAAUCUGGAUGUGGCAUCGGUGCCUGCGAUGUCCUCGGACCAAUGGGUUCCCUCCCGCCACUAGAAGAGUAGUAAUGUCUGAUGCCGCAUGGAGUUUAUCUUUUGGGAAAUUUUUGGAGCUUAGCUUUUCAAACCAUGCAGCUGCAAGCAGGGUUGCAAACUGCGGUCAUUCCCUUCACAGAGAUUGUCUACGGUUCUAUGGUUUUGGAAGAACGGUUGCUUGCUUUCACUAUGCUUCAAUUGAUGUUCAUUCUGUGUAUCUCCCACCCCCAAAACUUGAAUUUAAUUAUGAUAAUCAGGACUGGAUAAGAAAAGAAGCUGAUGAGAUCAGAAGCCGGGCAGAUCUCUUAUUUGCUGAGGUGUACAAUGCUGUCCGUCAAAUUUCGGAGGGAACAUCACUUGACAGUGGCAUGAAAGCACCAGAAUCAAGAAAGAGAGUUGCAGAACUGGCAGGGAUGCUACAGAAAGAGAAAGAAGAAUUUGAGGAAUCAGUACAGCAAGCACUGAAUAGGGAAGUUAAAGUUGGCCAACCUGCAAUCGAUAUUCUUCAGAUUAAUAAACUUAGGAGGCAGUUACUCUUCCAUUCUUAUAUCUGGGAUCAACGUCUGAUAUACAUUGUCAGUUUAAAUAGCAAGAGUGUUCAGGAAGGCAUGAACAGUUCGACAGCAAAACCGAAGGAGAAAUCUGUCUGUUCUAGUGACAGGCCUGUUGAGAUGAAAGCAACUUCAAAGCCUGGUAAACGGUUCAGUAGCUUCAGUAGCUGUGACUCCUUUCUUCUGGAUGGAAAGCCUGAUAUAAACUUGAACCAAUGGGGAAGUCUUUGCAUGACUAACCAACCCAAUGAAAUUCGUAAAGGAGAAGACAUGGAUCAUGACCUGGAUUGUAGGAAGGAGGCUGAGGUUUAUCUUUCUUCUGGCAGAAAUAUGACUGAUCAAACAAACAAUAUGGAGUCCGCAAAAAAUGUACGAAGGGUUCUUUCAGAAGGGCAGUUCCCAAUUAAGGAAAACUUAUCUGCUACCCUGCAUGCGGCAUGGACUGGUGAAAAUCACCCGGGAGGUGUAACAUCUAAAGGGACUGGCUGUGAAUAUGCUAACAAAGUUAUGGAAGGUUCUUCAGAUGUGGUUGAUUCAGUUGCUGCAAACUCAGAUUUGAAGAACCAUACUGAUGACCAAGAUGGGGCUAAGGUGGCUCAUUCUCUUGGCUUUUCAGUCCCUCUCAAAGAGCAAAAGAACUCCAUGAGCUGGGUGGGGAUGCCCUUCGUAAAUUUCUAUCACUCGUCGAACAAGAAUUCUUCAUUGAAUGCUCAAAUUGUUGGCAAAGUUAGUGAAUAUAAUCCUGUCUAUGUCAAAUCAUUCUGGGAGAUGGUGCGUCAAGGUGGUGCCAGGCUACUUCUUCCUGUGGGUGUUAAUGAUACUGUUGUCCCAGUUUAUGAUGAUGAACCUACCAGUAUUAUAUCAUAUGCACUUCUCUCACCACCAGAUUAUCAUACCCAAAUAUCCAAUGAGCCCGAGAGACCUAAAGAUGGUGUGGAAUCUUCAGUCUCAUCAUUGCUUUUGGAUUCAACUAAUCUUCUCUCGCUCAACUCUGUUGAUGAUAAAACUUCUGAGUCCUUUAGGAGUCUUGGCUCUACUGAUGAGAGCAGUUUAUCCAUGUCUGGAUCUCGGAGCUCCUUAGCGUUGGAUCCACUCCUGUUCACAAAGGCUUCGCAUACCAUAGUAUCUUUCACAGAUGAUGGCCCUCUUGGAAAUGUGAAGUAUACUGUGACUUGUUACUAUGCAAAGCGAUUUGAGGCGUUGAGAAGGACUUGUUGCCCCUCUGAGUUGGAUUUCAUACGCUCCCUCAGUCGUUGUAGAAAGUGGGGUGCACAGGGUGGCAAGAGUAAUGUCUUCUUUGCAAAAACCCAAGAUGACCGAUUUAUCAUUAAACUGGUUACAAAGACAGAGCUGGAGUCGUUCAUCGAGUUUGCACCAGCUUAUUUUAAGUAUUUGUCUGAAUCAAUUAGUUCAGGAAGCCCAACUUGCCUGGCAAAGAUCUUGGGCAUUUACCAGGUUACGUCAAAGCAUCUUAAAGGAGGAAAGGAGUCAAGAAUAGAUGUUUUGGUAAUGGAGAAUCUUCUCUUUGGACGUAAUGUCACAAGACUGUAGGACCUUAAGGGAUCUUCUCGGUCACGGUAUAAUCCAGAUUCAAGUGGAAGCAAUAAAGUUCUCCUUGACCAGAACCUGAUUGAAGCCAUGCCAACUUCUCCAAUUUUUGUGGGGAACAAGGCGAAGCGGUUGCUGGAGAGAGCUGUUUGGAAUGAUACUGCAUUUCUUGCUUCAAUUUAUGUAAUGGAUUACUCUUUACUAGCUGGCGUUGAUGAAGAAAAGCACGAGUUGGUCCUUGGGAUUAUUGAUUUCAUGAGGCAAUAUACAUGGGACAAACACCUUGAAACUUGGGUGAAGGCGUCCGGCAUCCUUGCUGGACCUAAAAACACACCUCCAACAGUGAUAUCUCCCAUGCAGCACAAGAAACGCUUUAGAAAAGCUAUGGCUGCUUAUUUCAUUAUGGUGCCAGAUCAGUGGUCUCCGCGGCCGACAAUCAUUGCCAGUGGAUCCCAGUCAAACCUUUGCGGCAAAGAAAACUCACAAGGAGGUGCAUCUUUGGAUUAAAGCUGUGUUGCUGUAUAUUGUUAAUUUGUAAGUUGGAAUAUCAGUUGCCUCUCAGUUUCUUGGUAUACCAUAAUGCCUUACCCUUCCAUUUCUCCCUCUCAUAAAUGUUUGGAUGGCUGCUUCAUCAUAUUUCCUAAAAGAGGACUGCUAAUUGCUCACAUAAGAAGCAAUAAAUGGCUAUUUAAUGCCAAGAUUUUUUUAUUAAUUUUUUUUUUAUUGGAGCACAUUUUUUGAUAACAUUUCUGCAAUAAAAUGGUUUCGUGUGUAUAUACACGUUUUAUUGUUUCAUCA